CAACCAAUCGGCCCCUAGUGCCCCGCCUUUUCCACUAGGGAAAACCGGGUCCCCCGAGUGUUUUCCGGCCAGAGCUGUGCGGCUCUCUACCAUGGGGACAAUUCAUCUGUUUCGAAAACCACAGAGAUCCUUUUUUGGAAAGUUAUUGCAGGAAUUUAGACUUGUAGCAGCUGACCGGAGGUCCUGGAAGAUCCUUCUCUUUGGAGCAGUGAACCUGAUAUGCACUGGCUUCCUGCUCAUGUGGUGCAGUUCUACUAAUAGCAUGGCUUUAACUGCUUAUACUUACCUGACCAUUUUUGAUCUUUUUAGUUUAAUAACAUGUUUAAUAAGCUACUGGGUAAUGAUGAAGAAGCCUAGCCCUGUUUAUUCAUUUGGAUUUGAAAGAUUAGAAGUCCUGGCUGUGUUUGCGUCCACAGUCUUGGCGCAGUUGGGAGCCCUCUUUAUAUUAAAAGAAAGUGCAGAACGGUUUUUGGAGCAGCCUGAGAUACACACGGGAAGGUUACUAGUUGGUACUUUCGUGGCUCUUUCUUUCAACCUGUUCACGAUGCUUUCUAUUCAGAAUAAACCUUUUGCUUAUGUCUCUGAAGCUGCUAGCACGAGUUGGCUUCAGGAGCAUGUUGCAGAUCUUAGUCGAAGCUUGUGUGGAAUUAUUCCAGGACUCAGCAGUAUCUUCCUGCCCCGCAUGAAUCCAUUUGUUCUAAUUGAUCUUGCUGGGGCAUUUGCUCUGUGUAUUACAUACAUGCUGAUUGAAAUUAAUAAUUAUUUUGCUGUAGACACUGCCUCUGCAGUAGCCAUUGCCCUGAUGACAUUUGGCACCAUGUACCCCAUGAGUGUGUACAGUGGGAAAGUGCUUCUCCAGACAACACCGCCUCAUGUGAUUGGUCAGUUGGACAAACUGAUUAGAGAGGUAUCUACUUUGGAUGGAGUUUUAGAAGUCCGAAAUGAACACUUUUGGACCCUAGGUUUUGGCUCAUUGGCUGGAUCAGUACAUGUACGAAUUCGACGAGAUGCAAAUGAACAAAUGGUUCUCGCACAUGUGACCAACAGGCUGUAUACACUUGUGUCUACUCUGACAGUGCAAAUUUUCAAGGAUGAUUGGGUCAGGCCGGCUGUACUGUCUGGGCCUGCUGCAGCCAGUGUCCGACACUUCUCAGAUCAUCACGUCAUCUCAAUGCCUCUUUUAAAGAAUACUGAUGAUGUGACCCCUGUCACAUCAACUCCAGCCAAACCUAGCAGCCCACCUCCAGAAUUUUCAUUUAAUACCCCUGGGAAAAACAUGAGCCCAGUUAUUCUUCUAAACACACAAACAAGACCUUAUGGUUUGGGUUUUAAUCAUGGACAUGCACCAUAUAGCAGCAUGCUUCACCAAGGACUUGGAGUUCCAGGAAUUGGAGCAACCCAGGGAUUCAGGACUGGUUUUACAAAUAUGCCAAGUAGAUACGGGAAUAGCAGUAGAAUUGGACAAACAAGACCUUGAUAUACUGUAACUUAUUUUUGUGAGGAAUGUUGAUUGACUCCUUUGGCUUCCAGUGUAUUUAGUAAUGCAACUUGCUUUGACUGUUCAAUCAUUUACACUAAAUGUCAGAUUAUUGUAGGCUUGUUCAUAUUUCACGAAACCUAUAAACUAUAUUUUUGUAAA